AUGGCGGCGGCCGCGGUGGGGCCGGGCAUCGGCGGCGGCGCCGGCGGCCCGCGGUACAGCCUGCUGGCCGAGAUCGGCCGCGGCGCCUACGGCGUGGUGUACGAGGCGGUGUCGGGCCGCAGCGGAGCGCGGCUGGCGGUGAAGCGGAUCCGCUGCGACGCCCCCGAGAACGUGGAGCUGGCGCUGGCCGAGUUCUGGGCCCUAACGAGCCUCCGGCGGCAGCACCCGAACGUGGUGCGGUUCGAGGAGUGCGUGCUGCAGCGGCACGGCCUGGGGCAGCGCAUGAGCCACGGCAACAAGCGCAGCCAGCUCUACCUGCGCCUCGUCGAGACCUCCCUCAAAGGUGAGAGGAUCCUGGGCUAUGCAGAGGAGCCUUGCUACCUGUGGUUCGUCAUGGAGUUCUGUGAAGGGGGAGACCUCAACCAGUACGUGCUCUCCCGAAGACCCGACCCGGCGACCAACAAGAGCUUCAUGCUGCAGCUGACCAGCGCCAUUGCCUUCCUGCACAAGAACCACAUCGUCCACCGGGACCUGAAACCAGACAACAUCCUGAUCACAGAGAAGUCUGGCACCCCUGUGCUCAAGGUGGCCGACUUCGGGCUGAGCAAGGUCUGCGCUGGCCUGACUGCUCGGGGCAAGGAGGGUGGGCACGAGAACAAAAAUGUGAAUGUGAACAAGUACUGGCUGUCCUCGGCCUGUGGCUCUGAUUUCUACAUGGCGCCCGAGGUCUGGGAAGGACACUACACUGCCAAGGCUGACAUCUUCGCCCUCGGCAUCAUCAUCUGGGCCAUGAUUGAGAGGAUCACUUUCAUUGACGCCGAGACCAAGAAGGAGCUGCUGGGGACCUACAUCAAGCAGGGGACUGAGAUUGUGCCCGUUGGGGAAGCGCUGCUAGAAAACCCAAAGAUGGAGCUGCACAUCCCUCAGAAACGCAGGACUUCCAUGUCUGAGGGGAUCAAGCAGCUCUUGAAAGACAUGUUGGCUGCUAACCCGCAGGAUCGACCUGAUGCCUUUGAGCUUGAAACCAGAAUGGACCAGGUUACAUGUGCUGCUUAAAUUCAGGGCAGGGCACUGCUGUGCUUUGCAGCUGGAUUUAUUUACCAGGGACCCAUAAUCUCCGUUAUUUACAUGCAACGAGGAAGUCAAAGAUAAGGGAAGAUGAUAAUAGAGAAGAUCUCUGGCAAUGUGAAAUCUUUGGGUGUUACUUUAUUGUGUCAGGAAGGGGUGUUGUGGGGGUGUGGGAGGGGGAUGCAGGGGCCUGUGGAAGAGCACAAGCUGGCAGCUGUCACACUGAUGAGACCUUUAAACAACAUCCAGAGCGUGGAGCUGCCCUUGCCCAGCCCUCCCCACAUCCCCUGUGCUGCCACUUGACUCUGUAGAUGUUUCUAGAGAUGUGGUUCCAUAAGGAGGCGGCCUGGCACUGAGGUGUGCUGCCAGGCACCAGCUCUGAGUCCAGCUGGGCACAAUUUUGGGUUGAAAGCUAUUGAUUUAGCCUAGGGAAAAUGGAAGCAAAGUGAUGGUGAGGUUUGCACUGGGAGUGCAGUGCUUUAGGAAAAAACAGUCUCUUGAAUCACAUGUUGCAAGCAGCUAAAUAAUAAUAAUUUCAUAGCCAGGCAGCUCCUGAAUAGGUGGGUGCUGCCCAGGCUGUGAGCAGUUGACAUUAGGAUAGAGUAGGAUAAACAAGCUGGAAAGCCAUUUGGCAAGGCAUAUCUGCUGCUGUGGUGGGCAGACCUCUGCUCUCCCUGAGCUGGAUUUCACUAUGAUGUUUGGUACUCUCUGUACAGAGGUAACUGUGGAGCUGCUGAGUACAUUUUCAGGUGGACAUCACCUGCAUACAAGAGAAACACAAAGCAGUCCAUUGCUCUGAUCCAUUUAAUGCUGAGCUCUAGUUUUUAGAAACAAUGCUGGGGAGAGGAGGAGGUUUGGCCUGAGUGGCUCAUGGGCUGGAUUCUUGCCUCUCAUGGGACACUUUUCCCUGCUAGCUAAUGAUCUCCAGGAAGCAAAAGGCAGUGCUGCUGUUUGGGGUGGGUUACAAUACAGUACAGCUCAGGUAAGGAGGUUGGAACCUCAGGCUGAGCAGUUAAUACUCGAUUUCCUUGCCUGUAGUUAAACUCCUAUUCUGGGGCUGCCCCCAUGUUGAUGAUCUUUAGACUUUGCUCACUGUAAAUGCAAUGUAAAGCACCAACUCUUCUCCACCCUGCAGCUUCUGAACCACCUAAAAUGUUUCUCACCAGGUUAAAUCACCCAGCAGUGGUUUGGGGAGAGGGCUGGUCUGACCCAGCAAUGCUCCCAAGCUGCUGGGGUGCUCAGCCUGGAGCUGGCCAUGGCCAUGGGCAGGAGGGGAUCCCCUUGAGCCCCCUGGCUGUGGGAACUGCUCCUUGCCUGUGUGCAGGCUGCAGCUUUCCUGUGUCAUCACUGGAAGGUUCCUAACUGGCAGCACCUCUGUGUAUCUCCUCGGCGUACUUUGCUGACCUCAUGGGAAUGAAUGGAAAUGGAGGAAAUUCAGGUGGGCUAAGGCAGAGCUAGAGCAGAGAAAGGAGGGAGGGGCUUCUUUCUUCUUUUACAUCUAUUCCAGGACACAAAGCUAAGGCUGUGGCUGCAGGAAGACCAAGUCCCUCUUAGAAGGACCUGGAGGCUCCAGACCAUCUGUCUGUGACUUGUGAAGGUUCAGACAGCCCAGAUUCAGCGCCAAGCCCUUGUUCUCACACUGCUUUUGUGUUUCUCCCUAGGGAUGCUUCUGUAGGGUGCAGCCAGGUGAGACUCUCCUGCAGCUCUCUGUGUUGCAUCCCUGAGGAGGGGGAGAGUGAACCCUGUAGCUCACAAGUGCAGUGUUAGUGCCCUGAUUACUGGACCCAUCCUUCCUCCACCUGGCAGAGCCUUUGCUCCUGACUGUUACAACUGUUCUAACCGAACCCUGGCCUGAACGGGUGCAGUAAGAGGGUUUUGUCCUCCCAGCCCUGCUCACAGGGCUUUCCCUGCUGGAAUGGCACCUCAGCAGGUGUCUCAUCGCCGUUGAAGGGAGCUUCCUAGCAGCAGGAAUACCAAGCCUGAAAGGCGGGAGGUGAGGAUGGAAGGCACUGAGUGGGGUUGCUCCCUGGGACCAUUGCCUCCAGCCAGCUGCCAGCUUCCUGCUCCUCUCUGGGGACAGGAAUGAGCCCGGCAGGCCCUGGGAGGGUCAGUCCUCUUGGUCCACUGCUGUUUCAGGCCAUGUUCAAACCACACGUCUCCACCUCAGCUUUUGAAUUGCAGAUGUGUUUUUAAAGCAGCUUGAUGUUAGUGAGCUAGACCGUAGUGCCUUACUUAGGAUUUAGCAAACACUUCCCAGGAGGAGUCCUAGGGCUGCUAGCCUUUGGCCAACGUGGAUGUUUCCCUGAUUAGUUUGUCCUUUUAAGAGCAUUUCUCCCUGAUGAUUUUGCUGCUGUUUGUGCUCAACUCCACAGACUAUACAGGAACUUGCCUUGUGUUUACAGCUCCCCACAUCUCUCCUCCCAGUUACUUUGGCCCAGACCAGCACUCCCUCUAGAACAAGCUGGGAACAGGGAACAGCUCAAACCUGCAUGUGCUGUGGGAUAGAGGAUGUUUAGGCUUCUCUUGCCAGGUGGGUCUAUCUGGCCUUACCUGCCUAAGCUCCUGCAGGCUGAACUUCACCCUCCGCUGUGGAUGUUCUUGGCAUUAGGAUGCGCCGCUGGGAAAACCCAAGCUUAAGAAAGCAACACCAAGCCUGCAGCCCAUAACCCAGCCUGGGUCAGGCUGGCUCUGUCUUUUUUGGCUGCAGUGAAGCUGGGCAUCCGGGUAGGGGGUACCUGGUCAGUGUGGGGGGAGCCAAGGCCCCUGUUGCAGAACCCUGUCGCCCUCUGGGCUCAUGCGGCCCCAGCCGGUGCCCACGCCGGGGGAGUGAUUGUAUGAAACUGUUUACUUCUGACUUUGCUGUUUACAAGAGGGAUGUGGGGUGGGUGGGGGGAACAAGCCAAGCCUCAGGAGGAUUGGGAAACAUGUUAUCUGCACCAGCCUGCAGCAAGGCUGACACCACCGGCAUCAUGCAGGUGUCACGGGGAUUUCCCGGCCAGCUUUGGUCCAUGGGGAGAAAAGCAGAGGUGGCUCUAGCCUAGAGGGGUUAGAUUAGCUUCCCCAUAUCCCCUUGCUGCUGUGUUUGAGGUUCAGCAGUGCUAGUGACAGAUAAGAGUUACCCCUGUGGUCUUCCUUUACUCCUCAGGACCCAGCUCCUUCACAUAUCACAGGCUCCCGGAGCCUUUCUGGAGCAAUAAGAUGUAAAACGAGCAUUACCAUCGUCGUGGAAAUCCUCCGUUGUGUGCGGUGUCUGUCUCCUCUGUAUGCAGUUCGAGUCUGGGUUUAAGCCUGCCAAGCAUCAUGGGACAGCUGCUUCAGGGCACAAACUGGGAUUUGUUUCCCUGGGCUUUCUGCUGGUCAGGAGAACAGGGAAACCCGUUGCUGCUUUCCUUCCUCGCCACAGGCCUCUGCUGCCUGAGCCUCACACUAGAGCUGCGUGGGGCGAGGGGGGCUCCUGUUCCCCUUUUUGGCGAUGCUGACAUGGGAUGGGUGUGUGGUGCUCAGUGCUGUGCCAGCUUGGCCGUGCCGCAGGAGCAGGCUGUGGGCUUUACUCCACUCUUCACAGCCCUCCCCAUCCCAUCAGCAGCAUUUGGAAAGCAGAGCCCCCAAUCCCUCGGCAGCAGGAUGCAGCCAACACUCCUGCCACUGGCUCCCUCACCCAGGAGCUGUCACUGGCAUGGGGAGAGCUGUGCCAGCAGCUCCUGUGCUCCUCCGCUGGUUACAGGCACAUCCCACAGUGUGACCCUUCAUGUCCAAAAGCGUUUCACACUCCAGGGUGUCUGGGGUGGUGGGUGCAGCUGGGAGGGAAGCACAGAGAGCUGCUCUCUUCCAGCUGUGACCUGCCACAUUAUUUCUCUGUAGCCUGCCUGUAGUGCUUUUAGCUUUGAGAGUGAUGUCUAGGCUGCUGGAAGAGCUCAUGGGCCACAUAGGGGUGCUUGCUGAUCCCCAUCAUGGCACCUUUCCCCUUCCCAGCAGCUGCCCAGCCCACCAUGGGCCUUCAGCUCAUUCACCCAGCAAAACACAGCAGCUCUGCAGGGAUGAGCAGCUUCACUGCCACACCACUGGGGUGCUGGCUGACCCCCAGGACAGGCACCCUGCCCCAGCCCUGCUGUGGACUCCUCCUGGUCCCCACAGCCCCUGUGCUGAGUUAGCAAGAGCAGAAGGCUUAAACCCAGACUCCAAACUAAAGAUAAUAUUAGUAAAUGAAUCUGUAUUUUUCUUU